AUGGGCGACUUCCAAGCACAAUCCGAUGUUUUCUUGAACUGGUUCAAUUCUCAACCCGGAGCCACAUUCGACUCUCGUCUCCGAUUGACUGAUCUGAGAGAUCGAGGAGCAGGACGCGGCAUCGUCGCCACCUCCGACAUUCCUGCCGAAACAGACCUUUUCACAAUCCCCAGAAAGAGCGUCAUCAGUGUCGAGAACUCAGAUCUAUCAAAGAAGCUGCCAAGAAUAUUUACUGGCUUGAAGAACCUCGAUGCUGAUGGUGAUGAUGGUAUGGCCGAUGGUGAUGACGAUGAGGAGAACUUGAACAUGCCUGAUCCUUGGCUGGACCUUAUCAUGGUCAUGGUGUACGAGUAUUUGCAAGGCGAGAACUCUGCCUGGAAGACUUACUUUGAAGUUCUGCCUCAUACAUUCGAUACCUUGAUGUUCUGGAGUCAGAGUGAACUCAAUGAAUUGCAAGGCAGUGCAGUCAAGGACAAGGUCGGCAAGGAGUCUGCUGAUGAGAUGUUUAAGACGAAGGUCUUGCCUGUUGUCAAGGCUCACGAGGAUAUCUUCUACGCUAGUGGUGCGCAGAAGCUUUCUGACGAGCAGAUAGUCGAACUUGCACACCGCAUGGGCAGUAUCAUCAUGGCCUAUGCCUUCGAUUUGGAGAACAACGAGGAUGAGGAAGAUGACGAGCAAGAAGGUUGGGUUCAGGACUUGGAGGGCACCCAAGCAAUGGGCAUGGUGCCCAUGGCUGACAUGCUCAACGCCGAUGCAGAAUUUAACGCGCAUCUCAACCACGGCGAGGAUUCUCUGACAAUGACCUCGCUGAGAGAAAUCAAGGCUGGCGAGGAGGUUCUCAACUACUAUGGUCCACUACCGAACUGCGACCUCCUGCGUCGCUAUGGCUACACUUCGGCCAAGCACUCGAGAUACGAUGUAGUCGAAGUGUCGUGGGACAUUAUUGCCAGCACUAUUGACAAGAGAUAUACUGGCAAGAAGGGAACUUUGGACGAGGAUGAGAUGGAGGAGGGCUUUGUGCUCGAACGUGACUCUGGCGAGCCUGACGAUACUGGCAUCAAUACUCACACAGCGAAAUUUGUCGGCUUUCCCGAAGAGCUUGAGGAGCAAGUUUGUCAAGUCAUCGGUCCAGCCAUGGGCAUUGAUGUGAACCGCGGACCCAACAAAGCACAGCGCAAGCAGCUCAGAUUCGCAUACUACGAGAUCAUGGACGCCGUCAUGCCAGCAAGACUGGCACAAUACGGCACUACUGUGGAACAAGACGAGCAGUUGCUCAAGAACCCUGAUCUCGAAGGACGUCACAGAAUGGCCGUGUUCGUCCGUCUUGGGGAAAAGAAGCUGUUGAAGGAGGCCAAGGAGUUCAUCCCUGCUCAGUUGGAGAAAUACAAGCCUGCACAAGAAGAGGAAGAGGGACGUAGCGCAAAGAGACAAAAGAGGUAG